AUGGAUAAAAAUUGGAAUACAAGACAGUUUAGCAAUAUUAUAUCUACAAGAUUAACAGAUAUUUUAUCGAAUAUUAGUGCAGCAGAUCAAAUUCUAGUUAUUCAGUUAACACUUUUGCCUCUAUUAAAUGAAAUAUUAUCAUUUACCCAAUUGAAGGACCGGACUCCUGUUCGAAAAAUUGUUAUACUCGAUGAAAACCAAGUUAUUGAUGAUUUACAGACUAUUAUGAACAAUGAUCCCGGUAUGGAGUUAGUGUUUUUGAUAGAUGUUAAAGUAAAUUUAAUAGUCCCAUCAAUAUUCACUAAAAUUCAGUCAAAGUUUACGAUAAAUAAAUUGAAUAUCAUUUAUAGUACCUGGGAGACUCAAGAUACAAACCAUUUAGAAGAGCUACCUCACUUUAUCAAAUCACAGAUACCAAGAAGUAAACUAUAUCCAUGGUUUACGUUACCUAUUCCUCGUAUAGAUGAUGAUUUAUUAUUAGCAAAUGUAUUGCUUAAUGAUGAUAAUGAUAGUUUAUAUCAUCCUAAUAGAUCUUCCAUGAAACAAUGCACACGAUCUAUUUUAAGAAACAAUAUGAUAAACUGUGUGCUAUCUUUAUUAAAGACCACUAAUACGACAAUAACCACAGCUGUCAGUAUAGGAGAUGAAUCGACCAUUUUACUCAACCAGUUAAAGAAUAGAAUGGCUAGAGAGGAGGAUCAAAAUGAUUUAUUUAUUAAGUCUACUUUAUACGAAAAUAAAUAUGAUAUAAACUUGGAGACAGAUUUGAUAGUUAUAGAGCGUGAUGUGGAUCCAAUAACCCCAUUAUUGACCCAGUUGUCAUAUAUAGGAAUAAUUGACGAUUUCUUCAAAUUUGACCAGUCUUUAUCGUCAUUAGAGACUAAGAAAGAUAUAAAACUGAAUUAUGUAAAUGAUGAUAUUUGGCAAGAGAUAAAAUAUUGUAAUUUUGGCACAAUUGGACCUACUUUAAAUAAAAUGGCUAAAGAGCUUCAAAUCAAGUAUGAUUCAAGACACACUGCAGAGACUGUGGGUGAAAUCAAAAAUUUUGUAGAGUCCUUGUCAACCUUACAGGAGAAUCAGAGACUUUUGAAAAUGCAUACACUUCUAUCAAGCGACGUUCUUGAGCAAGUAGAAACAAACCCUGAGUUACAAUUCUCUAGGAUCUUGGAGUUAGAACAAGAUAUCUUAUCAGAUUAUGUUCAUUCGAGCGAACUUUAUUUAAAAUUGAUGGAUUUAAUUUAUGAGAAUGAGGUUCCUAGAGAUAGAAUACUAAAAUUAGUAUCAUUGAUUGCUCUGUGUAAAAGUGGGAUUAAGGAUUCUGAUUUUGAAUCAUUGAAAACCGAUUUGAUAGAUCGAUUUGGGAUUGACACUUUAUUUAUAUUACAAAGAUUACAAAAGAUGAAAUAUUUAGCCAAGAAAUCGAGUGGAAACGAACUUCUUUUGAAAAGGAACUAUAGAAGUAUAGCUAAAUGGUUAGAGACAUUACCAAUAGACGAAAAUGAAAAUAGUAAUGCAGAAAAGGAGGCAUCAAGUCCCACAAGUUUAUCAUUUGCGUUUUGUGGAGUUGUCCCCAUAACAAUAAGGAUCUUACAAUUGUUGUAUGAACGUACAUUUUUAUCCAAGAGUUAUUCAUCUCAACAGCCUUUUAUAUUAUCAAGGGAGCCUAGCCUAAUAGCUACUAAAGAACUGUUUGAGAAAAUAUAUGGUAAUAAAAUGGUUGUUCAAGAAUUAGCACUGGUUCCGAAACCAUCCAAAAAAUCCCGAAUUAAAAGUAGUAACAGUAACAGUAGCAGUAACAAGAAGAACUACCAGCAUCGUGAUGUAUCAAUAAUAAUAUUUCUUGGUGGUAUUACAUUAGGAGAAGUUGCCAUAAUUAAACAUUUACAAGAAAGUCUACGUUUAAAGGGAAUCCAUAAAAGAUUCAUCAUUAUUGCCGAUGGAAUCUUUAGACUAUUACCAUGA